UGAGAGAAAGAGAGAAAGAAAUGAGAGAAAGAAACAGAGAAAGAACAAAUAGAUACAUCCCAACUGUCAAUCAGGAGACAAGGGGGAGGGAUUCCCCCAGCCUGUUCUGAAACUAGCUCCCUGUUUCUCAUUGGGGACUGCAGACUUGAGCAGCGUGGGGUUGAAUCACAACAGAUGGAUCAGCAGCUCUUUCCUCUGGUCCAGUCUUGUCCUUCCUCCCAAACUGGGAUGGUGUGGAGGCCGUCUCUUCUCUCUCACGUGGGAUGUUACGUGGAUGCCACUCUAUCUGGCCAAGUCCUACAGACAUCCCUUUUUUGUUCCCUUUUCUGCCUUCAUCAUUGUUCUCCACCUUUUCUUUACUGUCACGGUUUUGCACGUUCACAGCUUUGUCAGGCAAAUCUAUCCCUUUGGAACUCAUAUUUACAGCCAACUUCCAUAAAGUGUAAGAGUCCCAUUUGGCAGUUGAUGGGAGAAGUGUAUCUGUAUUGUCAUGGGGCCAAUUCCCAGAGCUGAGUCUGCAAGCUCUGGAAUUGGAGCCAUAACAACAAGCACUCCUCGAUAGCUCAUGCAGACACCUGGCACCGGAGCAUGGGAACUUUUGGAGUGAGAAUCAAAACAGCUUUAAUGAAUAGUUGGUGUUGUAGUGGUAGUAAUGUGAUAUGUGGGGUGGGGUUUGGUGAUGAUAUUUACGUGUGGUGUGACGUUGUAGCAAAGGUGAUAAAAAUGAUUGUGUGUAAACAUUAUGUCAUUCUCGACUUUUCCAAAGUCGUGUGUUCUUCAAUAAAGAUUGGUUUUGAUAACAGCUACCUUUGGUCUGUGUUCAUGCUGGUCGUUUGAAGUAAGCGUGACAUGUAUCAUCCGGCGCAGUCUGUCUCCCACCGGGAUCCACGGCUGUUUCUCUCGGCAGCAACAUACAGUGGGUCUCUCUGUGCACCAGACACCUGCCAGGAGGGCCACUGAUCUGUGCAUGUGCUUUCUUCUGCGUGAGUAUGGCGACAAAGAGAAAGAAGGUCGUUGGAUCCAUGGAGCAGAAACCUGGACAAAGGAGAGACAAGGCAGAAGGUAGCCAACAACUAUGGUGUCGAACGGGUAGCAGUAGGAGAAUGGAAAUGGAAUCGAUUGCAGAUAGAAAAAUGGUGUUCUCCAAAGUUACCGAUGGUGUGCUGAAAGAGAGGAAAACAAUGAAAAAUGUGACUAUGAAAAAGUUAUUGAAGCUUUGUAUGUUUGGUUUACGCAGCUGAGAGACAAAGGUGUGUGUAUUUCAGGGCCUAUUUUACAGCAAAAGGUAUUGCGUUUUCAAAAAGAAUUUAAUGAAGGGGAAUCAGAUUUUACAGCAAGCAUUGGCUCGACAGGUGGAAGAAACGUUAUGGAAUCCAUCAGUUAAGUGUUUGUGGUGAGAAGCUGUCAUCAAAUUUUCAAGAAAUAGAGGCAUUCAAGAAAGAAAUUCAAGGGGAAAAAAAUUCAAGACUUUAUUGAAACUGAAAGCCUAACGGGUGAUCAGAUGUUUGAUUGUGACGAGACCAGCCUCAAUUGCAAAAUUUUACCGAGCAGGAGUCUUGCAGCCAGAACUGAAGCAGCAGCCCCUGGCUAAAAGCACAGCAAAGAAAGGCUGACAAUGUUAGCAUGCAGCAGUGCUACAGCAAACCACAAAAUGGACCUCGCAAUGAUUGGGAAGCCCAAAAAUCCAAGAGCCUUUAAAACAGUUUCAAAAAAUGCUCUUCCUGUUAAAUACUACAAUCAAAAAGGUUUGUUGAUGACCAGUGAAAUGUUCAAAAGACUAUUAUUAUUAUAAUAACUAUAUUCCAUCCUAUCUCCCCAAGGGGACUCAGGGCGGAUCACAAUACACAUACACGGCAACCAUUCAAUGCUGUUUGGAGACAGGACAGAACAGAAUAAGACAAACAGAAGGAGGUACGUAGUCUUGAAGUCCAGGUUUUUGGUGCCUUGGAGGCUGAUGUUCUGCUCAGAUUCGGACACGGGUGCUGUUGCUUCAUUCUCUGUGACAAAGAGCCAUCAGAACUUCCUCCUUCCACCUUCCUCUUGGUCACCGCAUUUCUGGUCUUGUUCUUUAUGGUGUUUUAAAAUACCUCCCCCACAAUUUGCGUUACCUCAUUUCUCUAUUUACAGCUUGUAAACUGUUUUCGAACUGCUUAGGUAAACAGUGAGCUGGGUUGGAGGUCGAGCGCUCACCCCCGACCGGGCUUCAAACUGGCCACCUUUCGGUUGGUGGAUCUUAUUACUGCUGUUGAUUUACCAGUUGUGCUACAGCCCAGCCCUAAGGAAUUUGUUCCUUCCACGGAGGAAUUUUUGAAGGAAAUUUACCUGCCCAGGAAAGCGGUUUUGUUGCUAGACAAUGCCUCAACACACCCUGAUGCAGAGGAGCUUCAAGAGGGGGACAUGAAGGCGAUGUUUCUGCCACCGAAUGUAACCGUCAUAUGCCAACCGAUGGAUCAGGGCGUUUUGGAAGAGCUCAAAAGGAACUAUUGCAGGAAGCUAUUCUCGGCAAGGAUAGAAGAAAUGGAAUAAGUUGAUCUCGCAAAGAUGGCGAGACUUGGCAGCGGAGAAAUGGCAAUCGCUGGAAAAGCAGUAGAUAACGGGGAGAAGAGCCAUGUAUGCACCAAGUACAGGAAGCAUUUGGGACACAACUGGGCCUUUCGUCGAGACCAGCAAGCCCACAGAGAAGAUGGAAGUUCUGCCAGAGAAAGGCCCGACAAAUGCAAUGUAUGUGGGCAGUGUUUUACCCAAAAUAUGGCACUUGUGCUUCACAAGACACUCGAUGUUGGGAAAAGCCAUCUUAAAGGGAAAGUAUCUGCAAAAUGUGUGGUGAAACACAAGAAAUUUCACACAGGUCAGGAACAAUACAGAUGCCAAGAGUGUGGGAAGUGUUUUGCUUCCAGUUCAGCCUUGGUGAGGCUCAAAAGACUCCACACAGGAGAGAAGCCACACCAAUGUCAGGAGUGUGGGAAAUGUUUUGCUGAAGGUUCAGCCUUGUUGAGCCACAAAAGAGUCCACACCAGGGAGAAGCCAUACAAAUGCCAGGAGUGUGGGAAAUGUUUUGCUUUCAGUUCAGCCUUGGUGAGGCACAAAAGAGUCCACACCAGGGAGAAGCCAUACAAAUGCCAGGAGUGUGGGAAAUGUUUUGCUUUCAGUUCAGCCUUGGUGAGGCACAAAAGACUCCACACAGGAGAGAAGCCAUACCAGUGCCAAGAGUGUGGGAAAUGUUUUGCUUUCAGCUCAAACUUGGCGAGCCACAAAAGACUCCACACAGGAGAGAAGCCAUACAAAUGCCAGGAGUGUGGGAAAUGUUUUGCUUUCAGUUCAGCCUUGGUGAGGCACAAAAGAGUCCACACCAGGGAGAAGCCAUACAAAUGCCAGGAGUGUGGGAAAUGUUUUGCUUUCAGUUCAGCCUUGGUGAGGCACAAAAGACUCCACACAGGAGAGAAGCCAUACCAGUGCCAAGAGUGUGGGAAAUGUUUUGCUUUCAGCUCAAACUUGGCGAGCCACAAAAGACUCCACACAGGAGAGAAGCCAUACAAAUGCCAGGAGUGUGGGAAAUGUUUUACUGCCAGUUCAGACUUGGUGAAACACAAAAGACUCCACACAGGAGAGAAGCCAUACCAAUGCCAGGAGUGUGGGAAAUGUUUUACUGCCAGUUCAGACUUGGUGAAACACAAAAGAAGCCACACAGGAGAGAAGCCAUAUAAAUGCCAUGAAUGUGGAAAAUGUUUUACUCAGAGUUCAUCCCUUGACCGGCACCAGAGAAUACAUACUGGCUAAAAAACA